AUGUUGCGAAUUUUCGGUUUACUUUUGGUUUUUCUCACUUCGACACUCUUGUUGUUUGCCGUUUGGAGUUUUGGACCAUUGCCAGAGAAUCUUCUAUCCGGUGCUCUGUUUGGAACUCUCCGUGGAGUUGCCCUUGUCUGCACCCUCAAUGCCAUCGGAGCAUCGUUUUGUUUCUGUUUGUCGGCACUUUUUGCAGCGCCAAUUGUGGAACGAUAUUUGAAAACGAGAAUUGAGAAUUUGAGAGUUAUGGUAAAUGCCGAGCGUGACCGUCUUUGGUUGUUCCUUCUCUCCGCCAGAGUCUUCCCAUUCACGCCUCACUGGUUGCUCAACAUCUCCAGUCCAUUUUUAGAUGUACCACUUCGUUAUCACGCCAGCUCGGUGUUUGUUGGUCUCUUCCCGUACAACUUCCUAUGCGUUCGCGCGGGUACUGUACUCGCCGAAGUGAGAUCCAUGUCGGAUGUGUUUGAUGUCUGGACCCUCUCCGAACUUCUUACUGUCUCGCUGAUCCUUCUUUUGGCCACAAAAUAUUCAAAAAAGAGCCACCAAAUGGAGAGAAAAGUUUCGGACCAUAAUGUUCUUCAUGGAGUUAAAAUGUCAUAA